AUGCCCUUGCGCGUUACCUCGGCUCCUGUUUCUGGUAUCAAGAAGAACCGAAAACCCGCUAUUUCGAGGCCGCGGGCCUCUCCCUUCGCCGCCCAUGCCCGUCGCAAACCUUCGGCGCCGUCAUCAUCCGGCACUUCCAAGAUCUCCAGCGAGCAGGAUGAGUGCGAGCAGGGCCCCCUUCCAGAUCUCGGGCCGUCGCGAUACAUCUCCGAAACUGCCCCCGUAACGGAUGUGGUUGAGGCGCUCCAGUACAUUCGCAACAGCAUGUUUGACGAUCUUCCCCGCCGAGCGGGCAUGAAUAGCACGCGCAUCGCCGAGGUUCUUAACUUCCGUCGCUCCCUGCCUCCCCUUGCCUCCGUCGCACACGUUCAUACGCUGCUGGAAGCACCCACCAAGGUCGAAAAGGAAAUUAUGGAGCUCGUUCGCGCCGGUCGGGUCCGCCGCUUGAUCGUCCCCGGAAGAGGCAACGAUGCCGCUGGCUUGGGCGAUUGCUUGGUAUUGAGCGAGGAAUGGGACGGAUUGGUACUAGAUAGCCCUGCUUUGGAAGCACCUUUGAAAGAGAAAUUCCUCGCGCUGCUUAAGCGGAUCGGAAACACGUGUGCAAUUCCUGGGGCAGCCCUCACUCCGCCGGAGUGUAUGGCCCUGGUCCGGGCUGGAUUUCUCGUCUCUUCUUCGUCCCUAGCGAAAGGCUCGUCUAGCUUAGCUUCUCUCCCCGUCUUUCCUGCGACCUCGCCUAGUCCAGCCUCAGCAAGCCGAAGUGGCGCUUACACUCUAAGCGAGGUCGGAGCAAACCCUCGUUCAUCAUCAACUACUGCGACACUUUUCCUAUCGCUUCCCAAUACGGGCCCCUACCUUCGUCUACUGAGCGCUGGCCGCUCACACCUCCUCUCGCUUCUGAAGAAGUCUAGUUCUAGCGAGGUCCCCGUUUACCUCCUGCGUGACCGCUGGGACGGGGCGGUCGAGAGUGAAAAGAGCUUCAGUGUAGCGAAGAGAGCCCGGGGGGAGUUUUCCGGCAUCUUGCCGGGCCGGACGAAAAAGUACAAGGAGCUCUACGGAAUGAACUUUCGCUGGGUUCUGGAGGAGGCGCUCGGGGCGGGAUUGGUCGAAAUCUUUGACACUGGCAGCGUUGGUCCCGGGGUGCGUUGCCUGUGA